AACUCUUCAUUCACAUUAAAGCUAGAAAUGGCAGAAGAAAUGAUGAACAACAAACAAAUCAUUCUAAAACAUUAUGUGGAAGGUUAUCCUAAGGAAUCUGAUAUGGAAUUUAAGAAUAGUAUCAUUAAAUUGAAUGUUCAAGAAGGUUCUAAUGUUGUUAUUUUGAAGAAUCUUUACUUGUCUUGUGACCCUUACAUGCGUAACCGUAUGAGCAAACUUGAGGGUAGCUAUAUUCAAUCCUUCACUCCUGGUUAUCCUAUUACAGGAUAUGGAGUGUCUAAAGUUUUGAAAUCUGGUGAUUCAAAUUUCCAAGAAGGUGACUUAGUUUGGGGAAUGACUGGAUGGGAGGAAUAUAGUAUUGUAACAUCUACUCAAAGUAUGUUUAAAAUUGAUCAUGACAAGGAUGUGCCUCUUUCCUAUUAUACAGGAAUCCUUGGGAUGCCUGGGGUGACAGCUUAUGCUGGUUUUUAUGAGGUUUGCUCCCCUAAGAAGGGUGAAACUGUGUUUGUUUCAGCUGCUUCUGGAGCAGUUGGUCAACUUGUUGGACAAUUUGCAAAGAUGAUAGGUUGUUAUGUUGUUGGUAGUGCUGGAAAUAAACAAAAGGUUGAUAUGUUGAAGACCAAGUUUGGUUUUGAUGAAGCUUUUAACUAUAAAGAGGAGCAGGAUUUAGAUGCAGCUUUGAAGAGGUACUUCCCUGAUGGAAUUGACAUAUACUUUGAGAAUGUUGGAGGUAAAAUGCUUGAUGCAGUUCUUGUGAAUAUGAAACUUCAUGGUCGUAUUGCUGUGUGUGGAAUGAUUUCACAAUACAACCUUGACAAGACUGAAGGAGUGCACAACUUGUUUUGCCUCAUCGCGAAACGAAUCCGUAUGGAAGGAUUUCUUGUUUUUGAUUACUAUCAUCUUUAUCCUAAGUAUUUGGAAAUGAUCAUUCCACAAAUAAAGGCUGGUAACAUUGUGUAUGUGGAAGACAUAGCUGAAGGUUUUGAAAGUGCUCCUAGUGCUCUAGUUGGUCUCUUCUCUGGUCUCAAUGUUGGAAAGCAAGUUGUGAUGAUUUCAUGUGAAUGAAUGGAUUUGGAUCCUUUCCAUUUUCUCUCAAGUUUUUACUUGAAAGGAAAGCUAUUGUGUCAUGGUUUAAAUACUUAAAUACACAAACAUUUCUAUCAGGUA